UAAUUUUUGAUUUCCCGAAUAAACUAUGAGAAUUGCAUACUGAAUUCUUUCUACAAAUCGAGUUAUGGAAGCUCUUUAACCUAUUUUUUUAAUUUUACUUAUUACAUAUUCUAUUUUGUCUUUAAUUUUUAUUUUUUCUCUUUUGUCAUCUUUUUCUUUUAUUAAUAUUGCGAGGAGGAUGGUUGAGGGGAAUGCUGUGCUUUAAAGUAAAUAAAUAAUCAUUUGUUUUUUUUUUUUCAAAAUGCGUUCUAAAGAAAUUGGAAGAAAAAAUAUAGGUAAAUAAUAUAAAUUAUAAAGCGACAAACUUUUAUACAACAAUGGCUUAUAGGUUCAACCUCAUUUUGUGCAACGUCAUAUUUACAAAACAGUAAAUUAGAAAUUAAAUAUUUUUUAUGCCUUAUGGAAAGGAUUAAAUGAUUUUUGAAAACAUAACACUGCUUUGCUUGAUGUACACUUUUAGUGCAGUUAAUGCAUGUUCUCUGAUUUUCUGUCAAUGUAUUACAGUUGAAGACAAUAUGACUCAUCUCUUGACAACUUUUACAAUUCCUCCAGGAAAUAUUUUUCAUCGUCCUUUUCCUAGCAGUGCAUACAGAUCCCUAGCGUUAAUGUAACGAUAUACAUUCAGCACGAGCUUUCGUGUGAAAUUGUGAGCAAUCCAUGUUUAUGUUGGCGCUCUCCGCUUCACAAUAUCUCUGCAUGCUUCCACGCAGCCAUGAAAGUAUUUUUAUUGCACAAAUGUGUUCAUUUCCUUCUAAAUUUGAUCACAGACACAAGAAGAACGUCCCUGGUCGCAAGACAUCUCAAUCAAUUUGUGUGUGGUCCAAAAUGAACACUAAUUUCUUCACUAUUUUAGCGGCAAUUUGCAUAUUUUGAGGACAAUCUUUGGUGACUCUCUCGCAGCUAAACAAAAUUUUUUUUGUAACUUCUCUCUAAACAUAUGGGACAGUAGUCGGUGGAAUUUCCGCUACAAGAAAUAUUAAAGUUUCUAAAGAAUUCUCAGAAUAUUUCCACCUGGAGUGUUAUGGUGUAUAGAUGGUCUAUAGAUGGUGUAUGAAAAAUGUUUAAUUUUAAUAUAAAAGUCACUCUAUGAAUUUUUCAGGAGUUUGAGGGGGCGUCAAAAGGGGAGGCCAAAAGGUUGAAGAGUGUGCUGAAAAAAAAAUAGCUCACACAAAAUACUGGGAGAAGAAAUGUAAUUUAAUCAUCUCUCGACUCUCCGUGCUUCUGAUAUAAAAUUCAAUAUUCCACAUUCCAAGCGUUUUUAUGUUAACGUUUUCUGGUGCUGAGAGGGCUUUUUUUUACUCCUCGUGCCACACGAGUUGGAUGGAAAACACAAAAUAUAAGGUGGCGCCUGGCAUUUUCCAUUCAUCACAGCUCUCGGGAAUCGUACCAGAAUCUCUGUGAGUUGGCGGUAUUUUCCACACUUGGGGGGUGUGGGCUGUUCUGCGGCGCAUAGCGGCGGCACAGCCGCCUUAUCAAUUCAUCGCGGCGCAUCUGAACGCCUCAUGGGCGGAGUCUCAGGUGCUGUCAUGUGGGGUGGAUGGAAUAAUUGAUUUAUCAGUGCAUCUUUGUGCAAUUAACCUUCUCACGGCAAUGCCAUUGAGACUUUUCCGCGGGAGGGAAGGUUCUCUUGGGGCGCCUGAGGGGUUCACGGACGCAGAGGGGCCAUAGAAAGGUCAAAGGGAUGAAGUGCAGUGGCGAGAAAACGCAAAAAGAUGAGCUUUCACCAGGCGCCUCCAUUGACAAAUGCGCGCCAAAUGCGUAAAAGAGACGUUUUGACUCCUCCUACGCUGAAUGAAACAAAAGACAUACCGUAGUGACCAAUUGCGAAGCACCUUGAGUUUGUCUUUUGUCCCACUUUUCGGCGCACUGGGAGAAUGGUGGACGAGUAUCUAGCAUCCGACCAGAGAGCUUCUGUUGAUUGUGCGGGAUGGACGCAAUACAGAUAGUCCGUCAGCACUACUAGCCAAUCUCCUGGAAUCUUCUCGAGCAGUUGGAUUUUCUUCUGUCAAAAAAUAGAUACAACUCACUUCGCACUUUCAAUAACACUUCUCAACACUUCCACUUCACUUCUGGAUACACUUCUCAUCAUCCGACUCGGCACACGGACGGAGCAAAUACAACCCAGUAAAAUUCAUGUCCACCAUGUGAAAAAUAAGAAUAAAAUCGGAAAAAAAGUCCGCGAAAUAAGUGCAAAAGAACUGUGAGAGCGAGAAAACAAGUGCAGAGAAAAACACUGUGUGAACAAGUGCGAAUUGUCUGUGAAGUGGCGCCUUUUUAUUCCUAAUAAAUUCAAUUUGUUAGUGCUGAUUUAAUUAAUUACACCCUAAUUGAUAAGUGUGUGAGGGAAAUUCAACAAGUGGAAGGCUUUCAAUGCACCUUUUGCGGAACUGUCACUGAGAUUUUAUAUCCCACAGAAGCCUCAUAAGUGCUAGAUACUCUAUUAUCCUUAUUUCAAUUGUUUUUUACUUUGGUUUUUUUUUUUGCCAGAAAGAACUUUCUGUUUUUGUUAAGAAGACUGAGUAUUGUGACAUUACUGUGACAUUUGUGCAAGAUUUGUCUGAGGAACGGAAGUGGAAAAAUCCAUCAAACUGUCGGCGCUGUCGAUAAGAAAUUUCUCAGCAAAUAUGCUGAACAAUCUCAGUGCAUCCAAUCUUGGAGCUCAGAAAGAUUGUGAUCUGCCCAAAUCGGCCAUAACAUCCCUCCAUUCAUCCAACACCUUCGGUCAACUGCAGAAUUCGGGCAACACGGAUACAAACGGUAGUCGUCUGCACGUGUCCAGCGGAAUAUGUGAGCCCCACAACAUUCACCAAGAUCAGAAUUCUGAGAAGUCGGGGAAGCAGAAGAGACACCGGACGCGGUUCACUCCAGCCCAGCUCAAUGAACUCGAGCGAUGCUUCUCCAAAACUCACUAUCCGGACAUCUUCAUGCGCGAAGAGAUCGCCAUGAGGAUCGGCCUAACUGAAUCCCGUGUCCAGGUGUGGUUUCAGAAUCGUCGUGCCAAGUGGAAGAAGCGAAAGAAGACUACCAAUGUAUUUAGAACUCCAGGUGCUCUUCUGCCAUCCCACGGACUGCCGCCCUUCGGUGCUAACAUCACCAACAUCGCCAUGGGGGAGAGUCUCUGUGGGGGCUCCAUGUUCGGCGGUGAUCGAUGGGGCGUCGGUGUCAAUCCAAUGACGGCGGGUUUUGGUCAACUCAAUCAGUCGUCAACCCUUUCAUCUACCCUCAACAGUGGUCUCAAUUCCGGCAUAAACAUCUCCUCAGCCAUGGGUGCCGGUAGCUAUCAACACUAUGGAUUAAAUGCACUCGGAGAUUCAAUGAUGUACCAGCAUUCAGCUGUUGGGGGCGGUAGCGGCGGUGGGGGCGCUAACAGUGGAGGUGGAGGUGUAGCUGCGGCUGUGGGCUGUGGACCCGGAAGCUCACCAACAACUUCCUCGCCAUCCAACAUCAAUACGACGGGAUGCCCAUCGACCACACCGCCGCUGUCCAAUUCACAGCCUAAUCCUAGUCAGAGCGAUAGCAACGGCAAUACCGAAAUGGGUCAGACUCAAAAUGCAAAUCACGGCCACGUGCCCAACUGCCAGUCGAUCCCGUCCAGCGGCGGUGAUGGUGAUGAGGAUGUCUGGCGAGGACAUAGCAUAGCUGCCCUAAGGCGUCGAGCAUCAGAGCUGAACGCCACUUCCAUCCCUUCCUACUUGCACACCCACAAUUACGAGCAUCACAAUUCGGUUUACUGAGAAUUCCUCGAGGGCGCCGAUCUCGGCUACUUUAGCUGAGCCAACACCCUCCCACCAAGCCCAGCAAGAGCCCCGGAAGAGCCCACGAGGAUGCCCUCCACGGAGACUCAAUGUAUACGAUCUUCACGGACUGUGAAUAUAUACCUUUUAAGACACAUCCAGCGGACACCUUCUCAUGAGAAGAAGCCGCAAAUACUGAUGGAACUAUACGAGAAACAUUAAUAGAGAUGAAUUAUUAAGUAUCUUAAAUACACUCUAAGUAUUCAAUGUACAGACUUAACUCAUGUAUACGAAAAAGAAAAAUUACAGUGAAAUAUAGAUAACAAGAUAAUGAUAUAGAAGAAAAAAAAUAAUUUCUUAUUUGUUGCAGCAACAUUUCCUUCUCAAAACUCUUUGUCCAAAAAAAUUAUCAGAAUAAAGAAGAAAACUAAGAGAAAAUUUUCUUUAAAGAUUUUUAUUUUGCAGAAAUACUCAAAGUGAAAAAUUACUAACUUAUUCAUACUGCAGAAAACAAGCAAACAUAUUGAUAUAAAAAAAAAGAAAAUGUAGUUGGAUAAUUUGUACAAAAGAAAUGAAGAAAAAAUGAAAAGUAAUUUAAAUAGAAUAUCAACAAGUGUAUACCAAUCUUUUUAUUUGAAACAUGAAUUCCAUGUAAUGUACGAAUAUUGUAACUAAAGAUGAAAAAAAAAGUAAUAAUUAAUUGUACCACUCAUUUGGAAGAAGAAAGUAAAAAAAAAAAUAAUUUGCAAUGGAGUUAGAUCCAAGAAAUUUCACUUUGUCGAAUGAAAAAAAAAAACAGAAAACAUUCAAUGAUAAACUAAUGUAUAAUUUUUAGAUCUUAGAUAGACCGUUUAGAUAAUGUAUAUUUUUAAAAAUAUUGUCUGGAAAAGUUAAAAUUGUGGAAAUAAAAAGAAAAUGUAGCAUAAAA